AUCUCGACGCUCCAGAAUCAGAUCCACUCCCAGGAGACCGAUCUGCAGUGCCAGGAGGAAGAGCUGAUCCGGGCCAAGGCCGACCUGGGCCGGCUGCAGCAGGAGGAGAACCAGCUGGAGCAGAGCCUGGCUGCUGGCAAGAUCCAACUGGAGACCAUCAUCAAGUCCCUGAAGGCAACACAGGAUGAGAUCAACCAGGCUCGCAGCAAGUUGUCCCAGAUCCAGGACAGCCAACAGGAAGUGUCUAAAAGCAUCGAGCAGUACAACAGCACCUUGAAUGGAACCCACGGUGGCAGCAUGACCAACCUGGCCGAUAUGAGUGAAGGCUACAGCGACAGAGAGAGCGGAGGGUUCCCGUCCAUGGUGAGAGCCCCGCAGGUCAGGAUGCCAUCAGAACUCUUACCUCCCAAGGUGGCU